AUGCCCAGCUGUGGCGCCGAGCAUUUGACGAUGAAUUUCUGUGGAACUGUGAUUUCAUGCAACCCAGCCGAUGCUCAAAAAUAUUCGGGACGCCCGGCGAUGAAUACCACCACACAAUCUUGCUGUUAUAUUACGCAAAUUAAAGACCACGGUGAUUGUGAUACACGAGAGACUGUUGACAACACUGAGCCUGUCGUUGUGAUGGAGCGUCAACCCGUGGAUCGCGUUGUAUGCGAGUCAGAUGGUGGCUGGGUGGGAUGGGCAGUGUCAUCUGUACUCCUCGUAGUCAUCAUCAUCGAGACUGCCUAUCUUCUUCAUGCUCUCCUUCAUCGUCCUCUACACUCGAAGAUCUCUUCUCAUACCCAUAAUCAUCCCUAUAUCUCUUCUCCCUCUUCUUCUAUCCCAUUCCCUCAUCGGCCACUAAUCCAUAAGAAUCGGCCGCUGUUGGCUGAGCCU